AUGGCCGUACGACCAGCGUAUAAACCGAAAAUUGUCAAGAAGCGGACGAAGAAGUUUAUCCGCCACCAAUCGGAUCGCUAUGUGAAACUUGCGCCUAACUGGCGUCGGCCGAAAGGUAUUGACAAUCGAGUACGCCGUCGCUUCAAGGGACAGUACCUGAUGCCCAACAUUGGUUACGGUUCGAAGAAGAGCACCCGCCAUAUGCUGCCGACCGGAUUCAAGAAGUUCCUGGUCCACAACGUCCGCGAGCUGGAGGUGCUGAUGAUGCAGAACCGCGUGUACUGUGCCGAGAUUGCGCACGCCGUGUCGUCCAAGAAGCGUAAGGCAAUCGUCGAGCGCGCUAAGCAGCUGGCUAUUGCCGUGACGAACCCGAACGCCAGACUGCGUGCCCAGGAGAUGGAGUAA